UGGCCAGACAACUCUGACGAACAAUCGAUAAAUCAGUCACUUCGCUCGGCUGUCAUUUCUGUGCAUUUUUCUGUGCUGCUUGGGAAGAAAUUGUGCUCCACUAACUUUUCGCACUACGCUUAAUAUGGCUGACUCCGAUUUGCAGCACAAUGAAGUAGAAAAAGGUGGACAAUAUGGUGAAUCUUGCGAAAGCUGGCCUUUAUUCAAUAGGGAGAUCCCGGAACCCUGUUCUUCAAGUGCUGAAGAAGACAGAAAUAAACCUAAGCCAUUUGCGCACAAAAGCCGUUCACGUUAUGUUUGCCCAACAGUAAAUAGUGUUUUUUUAUCUCUUGAAAAUCGAUCUGAUAUGAACGCUAAGACAUCAUCGAAUAUCGAGCGAUCAUAUAUUCCCAUAUGCGAAACAAGCUCGAACCGUGAAUCCAACUCCGGAAGUGCACCAAAUUCAAGCAAAUCUUCGUCAUCGUCAUUAAGUGUGGAAUUAAAUGGAAGUGUUCCAGAACCGAAAUCUUCCGUAAUUAACUCCAAUGAAACCAUACAUUCUGCGGGACAGGUUGGCGGCAUUCAGAGCUGUAUGACAGAAAGUGAUGGCCAGGGAAGUGUCGAUUCUGAAACAAUCUCUAGCAUCAGAAAAUCAACUUCCCUCAUAAAACUCAAAGACAAUUACAAUGCAAUCAUUGACGAAGUUAAUAAUCAACAACUCACUAACGAGGGCAACAAUUGUAACAUUGAAAAAAGGUUGUCCCAAUUGCGAUAUAGUUCAGAUGAAAAGGAAUCCAAAGACUUGUAUUCCUCUUCUGAUAGUCUCGAUUUAAAUUUCGAUAUCGGUGAUAAUGCCGAAAAUCUACAACCUGGUGGAAAAGUAAAUGCUGAUAAGGAAUUGUUCUCCAAUGGCAUUUUGCAAAAUUCGGAAGUUCUUGAUACAUUAGAACAACUCAAACCGUUUGGAAAACAUAUAGCAGUUAAGUUUCAGUCCACCAUAACAACUGAAAAUUGUGGUCUUCUUAAAAGUCCAUCGCAGUUUCUGAAGAUGCCUUAUUUCAUACCCGUGGAAUCCGAGGCAUUCGUGCCUGAAACCUUUCAGGAUCAAAUGACUGAAGAUGAUUUAAAGGACGAACAGUCGCGCAAUUAUUUCAUAAAUCGUCUAAAGGCAACUGUUAGGUGGCGCGAGAACGAAAACAAGACCAAGGAGUCCAAUGCGAAAAUUGUUCGCUGGUCCGAUGGCAGCCAGACCUUUCAUGUGGGCAACGAGGUUUUCGAUAUGAUGCAACACCCGGUGACCGUCAACCAGAACCAUUUGUAUGUUCGCCUGGACAGCUGCUACCAGCCUCAGGGUUUGAUCAAGAAUAAGUUGACUGUGCGUCCCAUGUUGGACUCCAAUUUCGGACAGAGUCAUGUCCAGGCCUUGCGUAAUCGAGCCACGAAUAAGCCGCAGUCUGGGUGCGUUAAGGUGAUAACGAACAUGGGCUCCAAUCCCGAGCACGAUCAGAAUCGGCGCAUGAAGGAGGAAUUGUACAAGCUUCGCCAGGAGGGUCGUAAAAAGAAUCGCGCGUUUAUGAAGAAUCGUCCUCCGAAACGUGACAGGCACUAUCAAGGCUCCGAUCGCAAUGUGGCCAAAAAGCCAGGGGCAUUCGAAGAGGACGACGGCGAGGGUGCAGGUGGUGAAACAAGCUCUGAAGCUGAAGAUUCGGAUGAAGAAAUGCGCGAUGGAGCUUCUCGGAGCUCUCCCAAUUCCCAAAAGGAAGGAAGUCAAUUGGAUUCCGAAGACGAACUUGCGAUCGGAGGUGCUUUCCGCAAGCCCAGGCGUUUGCUCUUUUCCGAUUCAGAUUCCGACUAAAUAUUAAAUAGCCUGUAGAUACGAAAUCUCAAUAAACAUAAGCCAGCCCGCAACAAAGCGUGGAA